AUGUUAUCGUUUGCCAUCGACCUGGUGGUGGCCUUGUGGGAUGUUGGCGCUUUCUGGAGAGAUAAAGCGGUUUCGUAUGUAUUUCGCCCGACCGAGCGAGACCUGUUGCUGGAACGGCUCCAAAAUGCGUCCUCGUACGAGGAGUGGGAUGGUGCGGCCCGGGAAUUGGAUCGCAUUCUGGGGAUCGAUAUGUGGCGCCAGAACGCGAUCAGCAGCGCCUACGACUACCGUCUGAUCGAAGAGCGACGCCGGAUCAUCGAAACGGCCCGUAACGAGGGGGAUAUUAAUGGUCUUCUCAACACGCUUCGCACGGGGCUCGUCCGCAAUCUCGGCAAUAUCACUAGUUCGAAGCUGUUCAAUACCAGCUUCGCCGGCACCAAACGGCUCAUCGAUGAUUACAUAGAGCAGUACGUCGAUGCCCUCCGGGAGCUCUCCGUGUUACCGCCACCGGACACGAGCGGCCAGCAACCGACCGUGGAGGUCAUGUCGCCGGGGUGGGAGGACGGGGAGACCGAUGGUGAUGAUGGUCCGGAUGAUGAUUUUGGGGCGAGACGGCCUAGUGCGCCUGUCAUCCAAUGCAGGGGCGGGAUGGCAACGGCUACCUUUUCAAUUCAAAGGAAGCUCGAUUUCAUGCAUGAUACCAGGCAAGGGUUUGGACGGAGCGCUCUCGUUCUGCAGGGCGGCGCUAUCUUUGGAAUGUGCCAUCUUGGCGUUGUGAAGGGCCUGCUUCUGCGAGGGAUGCUACCGAAAAUUCUUGUUGGUACGGGAACGGGGGCUAUGAUGGCGGCUCUGGUUGGAGUCCACCCCGAUCAUGAACUCCUUCGGAUCCUCACGGAGGACGAAAUUGACCUCUCGGCAUUCUCUUCCCAUGGAAAAGACCCCCAGGGUCACAACGAGCGUGUGAUGCGGUCGACGUGGAUCGGGUGGGAGACGUUGGUUAGGAGAAUCCAGCGGUUCCGGAGAGAAGGUUAUUUUCUAGAUGUUAAGGUCCUGGAAGAAUGCGUUCGAGCGAACAUUGGGGAUCUCACCUUUGAGGAGGCUUACAACAGGAGCCGGCGCAUCCUCAAUAUCACGGUCGUGACGGCAGGCCAGCAGGGCGUUCCGACUCUGCUCAACUACGUGACAGCGCCUAAUGUGCUUGUCUGGACGGCCGCCGUCGCUUCGAACGCGAGUUCAGAGGCAUUCUACGGGUCUCGUCAGACCAAGAUCCUUUGCAAGGAUGCCCGUGGCAACAUUGAGCCUUGGGCUCCCGCGGCUAAGGUAGACUUCCGGCACUGGACGUCGGCGUCGUACACGGACCGGAACGCGCCCCUCCAACGGCUGUCUGGGCUGUUCAACGUCAACCACUACGUCGUGUCUCAAGCCCGACCCUAUUUGAUCCCCUUCGUACAGUCAGACAUGCACGGGCCCUCUGCUAAGUACAGCACAUUGUCGACGAUGCGAUCUUUCUUCACACGCAUGAUCGGCCUCGAGACACGCCACCGCCUCCGUCAACUCGACCGACUUCGUCUGCUCCCAGCCUCAAUCCGCCGAUUUCUUGUCGACGAGCACUUGCCCGGUCCGAGCGUCACGUUAGUUCCUAAGAUUUCGCUACGCGACUUUGUCCGGCUGCUCGAGACCCCCACCCGGGACUCGCUGCAGUACUGGAUUCUGCGGGGCGAACGCAGCGUGUGGCCAUCCAUGGCCGCGAUACGCGUGCGCUGUGCUAUUGAGAUGGAGCUGGACCGUGCGUACGAAGAUGUUAAGCGCUUCAAGGCCGGGGAUCUGCGGCGCCGGGCGAGUGGGGUGAACCAGCACCGCCUCGCGGAUCAGGCUGGAUCGUCGUCGAUGUAUGGCGCUUCUUCGUCCUCCAGAGCUAGCGGAAGUGGGAAUGGUGCUGGCGGAAGUGGGAGUGGUGCCGGCGGGAGGGGAAGGAACCGUAUGGGGAAUAUGUCGCGGCGGACGAACAGCAUAACGGCAAGAUGUCCCCCGAGCACGCAAACGUCGUUGUAG